CGAGGGCGCAAGAGUCCGAGCAAGGCGAUGGCGGUGGCCAUCUUCCUCGCGACCAACGACGAGCGCAACAAGGACGUUGGCAUUAGCAAAGCCAGCGAUACCUGCGUGCGCUUGGAGCCGAGUCCUCUCUCACCUGGCGUCGCUAGUAUCAACUUUGACGCGGUUGUCGACUUGGCCGAAGCUGCGACCGCGCGCCCACACCUGUACCAAACUGUGGUCCAGCCGCUCGUGCUCUCUACGCUGGCGGGCCGGCGUGCUACGAUUGUCGGUGCGGGCUGUGCAUCGUCCGGCAAGUCAACGCUACUGCACGGUCUUAUGCAUGGCCGUGGUGUCAUCGAGCUCGCAUUGGUCGACCUCUUUGACGAUGUCCAGCGCCGCGUCCAUGACAACCCGGACACUGUGUAUUUGAUUGAAAUGAGCUGCUUACUACUCGACGAAAGCAGCAACGACGACGAUGACAACAACGAGCUGCGAGAGAGCUACCUUGGCGUGCGGUCCGUCGACGACGCCAUCAAACACUAUCAACGCUCGAUCGUGGCAACCAACGGUGAUGGGAAGCGGCACGCCUCAGUGGCUAUUCGCGUUGAGGCGCUGGAAGACUACAGCAAUGACCACAACGCAGUGCGCACCGCGCUCGUGGGCUCCAUUCGGUUUAUCGAUGUCGCUGGAUCGGCCAUGAUUGCCGUCCCCCAGAGCGUCAAGCCAGGCAACGUCGAGUACUUUGGUGUGAGCCGCACGCUCUCCAAGCACUUUAGCGCGCACUUGCUCGCGCCGUACACCAUGUGCCUCCUCUUGGGUCUGCGCACACCGCGGGUCCACCAGCAGCAGGCGAUCCAGGCACUACUCUACGCAUGUCGCAUCAAGGACCUCCCUUCCGUGAGCACAACGCCGGCGUCCGCGUCCACUUUGAUCAAGCUGGCAGCCUGGAUGGAGACGGACAUUUGGCUACCAACAGAGCGCGAUGCGAUGAAGAAGUUGCUGCCCAAAGUCGUGUGCGACACCAAGAGCGCAUGGCACCUCAAGGCCCAGACCGUCCUUCCGUUUAUAUUUAUCAAGUCGGCGUUGCCGUCCCCCAUUCUCUCGCGCGCGUCGACAAACGCAGGCGAGACGUCGAGCGAAGACGACGAGAAGCAGCCCAUUCUCGACUCGUCCCGAAGCGUGCUCGAAGCCAUCGACGCGCUCUUCGGCUCGGUGGGCCAGGACCACGGGCGGUCUGCCGCGUCCGCAACGCCCGUUUCCAAGCUGCGCAUGAUCCACUCGUGGUGGAAGGAGACGCACGACGGUCUCGUCGACGAAGAAGCCGUGACGCUCAAGUGCUCGAGCCGGCUCCAGAAGCUGCAGGCAUGUAUCCAGACGCAGCGCGCGCAAAUCGACGUCGUUCUCGCCGAGAAGCGCAGUCUCCAAGAGGAGCUCAGCCAAAGCCAAGACAAGCUCCUCGCGGUCUCGAGUGUCGUGCAGCAGCUUCAAGAUGACGUGGCCACGAUGAAGCGCAAGAUGGUGCGGCCGUGUACCGGUGAAGACGCGAUCGCGGCGCAGUUUUCGGUGCGUUUGACCAAGGUCAUUGACGACACCAAGCAAGUCGUGGCCAUGAAGGACGCGCAGAUCGCACAGCUCGAGGCCUCGUUGCGGGAGGCGUGCAGCAAGACGGACACUCCAACAGCAAACGACAGUUCAAACGAGGCAGCGGAUGCGGAUGAAAAGCGAGAGAUGGCCCAUGCGUGGGCAACCGAGCGCAGCCGGUUGGAAGCGGACGCGGUCGCCCUUCGCCAGCAGCUGCACGACGCAAGCACAAACACGGUUCCUAUCGCCAAGAUGCAGGCGAUGCGCACACGGCUGCAGACCGCGCAGUCCAAACUCGAGGCCGCUACGCAGACGCUAAGCACCAAGGAGCGCGAAUGGUCGGUCAAAGAGCGUCAGUUUGAGAAUGCGCAAAAGGACCUCCUCGCCCAGAUCGACACGCUGACGACGGCCAACGCAGCCUUGACGACGCAGUUUGCGGCGCUCAACGCGACAAGAGAUAUGGAGCGUCAGACGCAGCAGGAAUGCAUCGACACAAUCGAGAAGCUCACAAACAUGUGCCAGCGGCUCGAGCGCCAAGUGGCCGACGACGGCGACGCACGCCAAGCGCACGCACUCCAGCAACAGUACAAAGCCGCGGCGUUCCAAGCCGCCCUCGCACAAAGCCACUUGGAAGCUGAGGCGCGCGAUGACGAGCUCGCGCACCUCCGACGCAGGGAAGAGCAUCUCAUGGAGGCACUCGCGGUCUCGAACGAACAUGAAAGUCGUGCCAAGCAGCAAGUGCGCGAACUGGAGGCGCAGGUCGACGAGAUCCACCAACUGCGGCGCGAGCAUUUCCAUUUGCACGCUGUGCUCGACACGCAAGAGCACAAGCUGCGCGUGCUGGAGCGCCAGCGUUAGAGGCGCCGUGGGUGUUGUGUACAUUAGUAGUGUUAAUCUAUACCAACCACCGUAAACUUGCUACGCCGACGACGGGACGCACUCGGCCUUGUGCAUGGCCUUCCAC